GACUAAUGGCUAUAAACUAUCAAAGUGAAAUAAAGUUCAAAGCCAGAAUUAUAAGGAAAAGACCAAAGUCAGAACAUAAAGGAAAGACAAAAUUAAGACAUAAGAAAUCGUCAAAGUCAAAGCUUAAGAAGAAAAAGCCAAGACAAUUAGCUGUAGCAAAUAACUGGAAGAAAGAAAAACAAGGUUUUGAAAAUAUUCAAAAAUCAACAUACAAAGAUCAACAGAUAAACUUUGAAAGUGAUGAAAAUAAGCUUAGAGAUCUACAAAUAGAUAAUAAAGAAAUUAAGUAA